CAAGUCCCAUUCAACGAGGAAGCAUGAGUCUGUCUUACAGUCUGAGCAUCAUUCUAAGCCUGGCACUCACAGUUUACUGUGGGCCUGUUUCACAAAUCAAUGUUAAUGAUGAACAUUUUGCAGAGAGCUACCUGAAGAAAUUCUUCAACCUAACAGAGGAGACCGGUCCUUCUACCAGGCGGGGGGUCAGUCCAGUGAGCAGGAAGCUGAGUGAGAUGCAGAGAUUCUUUGGCCUCCAGAUCACUGGGAUGCUGGAUGGUGACACCAUGGCAAUGAUGAAGAAGCCUCGCUGUGGUGUUCCGGACGGAAAACUUGCCCGUUUCUCCACGUUUGGACGUUAUUUCAAGUGGCAGAAAAACAGCCUUACCUACAGGAUAGAGAACUACACUCCAGACAUGUCUGUGGCAGAGGUAGAUGAUUCUAUAGAGAGAGCGCUGCAGGUUUGGGCCAAAGUCACUCCUCUGAGAUUCAGUAGAAUCAACAGUGGCACUGCUGACAUCAUGAUCUCCUUUGGCCGGCAAUCACACAGUGAUUAUUACCCCUUUGAUGGCCCUGGUGGUACUCUUGCCCAUGCCUUUGCUCCAUCCCCUGGCAUUGGUGGAGAUGCUCAUUUUGACGAGGAUGAGACCUUCACUUACCGUUCAAACAGAGGCUACGUCCUCUUCAUGGUGGCUGCCCAUGAGUUUGGCCACUCCCUUGGCUUGUCCCACUCUGAUGAUGCUGGUGCUCUCAUGUACCCUACGUACACAUACAGAGAUCCUGAAAGAUUCGUCCUGCCCCGGGAUGAUGUCAAUGGCAUCCAGUCUAUCUAUGGUCCAAACACUGAUAAAGAUCCCUCUGUAGAGGAACCUCUGCCCCCCACCACUCCUGAUGCCUGUGAUUCAACCAUGGUCUUGGAUGCUGUCACAACCCUGCGAGGAGAGAUGCUUUUCUUCAAGGACAGCUUCUUCUGGAGGAGCUACCCUCAGAGCAGCACACCUCAGCAGAGUCUCAUCACAAACUUCUGGCCUGAUGCCCCCUCUAAAGUCAACGCUGCUUAUGAAAGCCGACACUCAGACAAAGUCUUUCUCUUUAAAGGUCAUAAAGUGUGGGCCUUCAGUGGCUAUGAUCUUGUACGUGGCUAUCCUAAAAGGCUAACUACGUUUGGUUUCCCCAGACGUGUGAGGAAAAUUGAUGCUGCCCUUUAUGACGCAGAAUCCGGCAAGACUCUGUUCUUUGUAGGCAGCACAUACUACAGUUAUAAUGAGGCCAGAAAGACCAUGGAUCAUGGAUUCCCCAAGAGAGUUGAUCAGACCUUCUCCGGUCUGAAUGGCAAGGUGACUGCAGCAGUCCAGUACAGAGGUUUUACUUACAUCUAUAAUGGACCCUACAUAUUUGAGUACAGGUCCAGGACGUUGAACCGUGUGCUGAGGAACAACUUCUUCCUGGCCUGCAGUUACUUCUAGACCUCUUUACCAAGUUGUUUAUGCAGCCACUGAAUGAGAAUGAAUGUGCACUGUGUUAAAAAGCACAUUUAAUUAUUCUACCAGAAAGAAAUAUAUUUUCAAAAAGUGAAUUAUAUCAAAUGUAUAUCUGUACAAAUACAGUAUUUAAACAUUGUGUUUAUUUCUAUAUAGAUUGUUUACAUGUCUAUUUUACUUGGCAGUUUUUAUGUUGUGUAUGAAACUCUUCCGCCAGGAAAACAGAUAUUCAGUUAAGUUUUUUCUGAAGGACUACUGUUUCUUCAAGACUUCUACUGUUCUUUAUGGAUAUAAUCGAAUGAUAUUUUAGUUGGAAUAAUUGUAAUGAAUGUAAUUUGAUAAAAUCGGAAUUACCAAAUUCUUAUAAAGAUGCUGCUAAUGAAUACAACUAAUUAAACAUUUAAACAAAAAGAACAUUCGAGUAUCAAAACUAUCAUUCUUUAACCAUACGUGUUAGAUUUCAGAUUGCAAAGGUUUUGGGUUAAAUUUUGAUGUCAAAGCAAGAACAAGGCAAAGAGGAAGAGACUUCACAGAGUGUCACGAAUCAACACAAAAUAUGCAUUUCAAUUCUACAUCAUAUGUUUCUUUACAUUUGAUGUAAAUAAAGAUGAUACAUUGGUUGACCAGCUAAA